CCUUGGUCACGCACCUGGGCCAGCCACACCCCAAUACUCGACCAGCCCGAUCUGUCGCUUUCCGUCCGAUCCUCUCUAGUUGUAGGUGCUGCUGCCAGGUACCACCGCUGCCGUUUCUCCCGAUCGGUACCAUGGCUUGGAACCUUACGUCAGGCACAAAGAUGGGAGCACUCGGUGCUUAUAACACCCCACUCUCGGCCUGCCUGCCUUUGGCUUGGCCCGUCAGUGUGUUGAAUCUCCAACAGAGCCGUGCUUGGGCCCGACUUCAGCCAGCAGCGGGCGACAACCAACUAGACUCGAUAUCACCCAAUUUACAGAACCACUUCUAAAAGACAACAUUACCUCCGCGUGAUGUUGUGUGGCAUCCACUCUCACUCAGGCCAUCACCACCACCGCUUCCUCCGCAGUUCCCGGAGUCACAAAAGCAACAAGAAGAUGCUUCCACAAAGUCACCAGCCAAGCCGCGCCGGCAUGCCGGCUCGGCCGUCGCUCGAAUCGAGCCCGCGGCCAUCGACAGCAAGCAGCAGAAGCGACGGGUCGAUAGACUGGGAUCCGUUACGCCUCCACCCAUUCUCGCUUGCCCCGGGACCUGCUCCACCGCUCCCGGACGCCUCCGUCGACAGCACCAGCAGGCCGUAUCAGCCGCAGGAGCUACGACAAUCUCGUUCCAGUCACAACCCACGCCACCAAUCACCACCAUCUCGCCACUAUGCAUCCUCCUCCAAGACCGUCAUCUACGGCGGCUUCGACUUCGGCUUCAACAACAACAACAACAACAGCCUGAGCCAAGCCAUGCCCAGCAUGACUGAUGAGAGCACCACUGGGGGAGCAAGCAGACGAGCUCCCUCCCCUACUCCGAGCGACGCAAGCAGUGAAUGCAGCCUCUGCCCCUCGGAUGACAUCGAUGAAGGGAUCAGCCUAGGCUUGGGCCUGGCUCCACCACCCGCCCCCAGACCGCGGCCCCGGCCUCGUCCCGACCGCGGCGACGGCUCUAGCUCGUCGGGUCUGGACGACGAUGCUGAGGACUUCCUCCGCCGUGGCCGGUGGAAGAGGAGAGGGAUUGUUUUCGCCAACACCAUGCCGUUGGCUGGCGAGGAUGAGACCUUCGAGAUUUGACUUCUUCUUCCGUCUCAACUUUUUUUUUAUGUUCUGUUUCCUACGGUGCAUUAACCCGGUUGAUCGGAUACGGAAUUCGGAUAACUUCGGAGCAUUUACACUGUGAGGCUGGCGUUGAACAGUAUAGGUCAUCAGGCUGGAUUCAUGGGAAAUAUUCAGGCGCCCUGGAUCGGGUACAUUCGGACAACGACAUGGGACAUGGACUGCGCAUUUUCCCUUUGUUUUCCGGCAUCUUCGGGAUUGGGGGGGCCGGAUACAUCGCGAUACCCCUAACUUGUUGUUGCGGCGUCGCUUGCUAUUUUGCAUUGUUAGUACCUACUAUCAGUACGAGUUUUUAACUCCGCGGCCUGCAGCGCUGGCAAAAUACGUUUCAAUCUAUUUGCAGUAAUGAAUCU